AUGGAGGAGAAGAUCAAGAACUACAGGACUGCUCCGUUCGACGCCCGCUUCCCCAACACCAACCAGACCCGCAACUGUUUCCAGAACUACCUGGAUUUCCACAGAUGCAACAAAGCUCUGUCCGCCAAAGACCAGGACACGGCUCCCUGUGAGUGGUACCAGAGGGUCUACAAGAGCCUCUGCCCCAUGAGCUGGGUUCAGAAAUGGGACGAGCAGCUGGAGGCGGGAAGUUUCCCCGGAAAGAUCUGA